UUCCAAUCGUGACGCUUACAAUUCCAAUUGUUUACAUUAUGUAAACAAUAGUUCAGAGUUACGUCUCCAAUUUACGAGGUUAUGUGCUUUAUAUAUGGGCUGUUAACACGCAUGAUAAAUUAUUCAAGAUUUUUAGUAUCAAUCCAAUUCGGAGAUGCUUGAAGAAGUUAAGAAUUUAGUAGGAGGCGAAGGCCCGCCAGUGUACACAACUAGUACAGGAUGUCCCAUCUACAAUCCACUAGCUAGUGCUCGUAUUGGCAAGGGAGGUCCUGUCUUAUUACAAGACUUUCAUUUGAUCGAUGUAUACCAGAAAUUUGAUCGUGAAAGAAUUCCAGAGCGCGUCGUGCACGCAAAAGGUUCCGGUGCUUUUGGCCUUUUUGAGGUCACCAAGGAUAUAACAAAAUACACCAAAUUGAAGAUGUUUAAUAAAAUAGGAAAGAAAACUCCUAUGCUAGCAAGAUUUUCCCAAGUUAGUGGUGAACAAGGUAGCCCCGACACUUUCCGUGAUCCGCGAGGAUUCGCUCUGAAAUUCUAUGCGGAAGAUGGUAUUUUCGACAUGGUUGGAAAUAAUACCCCUGUUUUCUUCUUGCGAGAUCCUGCCAAGUUUCCUGUGUUUAUCCACUCACAAAAACGCAAUCCUCAAACGUCCCUACGAGACAACACCGCCUAUUGGGAUUAUCUAUCUCAAAACGAAGAAUCUAUUCAUCAGGUCAUGAUUCUUUUUUCCGAUCUCGGUGGUACACCCUAUGGCUAUCGAUUUAUGGAUGGCUUUUCUAGCCAUACUUACAAAUUUGUCAACGAUAAAGGUGAGUUUCACUACUGCAAAUGGCACUUCCUUUCCGACCAGGGAACAAAAGGUAUGACUCAUGAGGAGGCUACUGAUAUGAUUGGAUUAAAUCAAGAAUUUGCACGUCAGGAUCUCUUCGAAGCAAUCGAUCGCGGCGACUAUCCUAGCUGGACUCUUUACGUGCAGGUAUUAACACCCGAAGAAGCCGAGAAAUUCAGAUAUAACUCCUUUGACCUUACCAAGGUUUGGCCCCACAAAGAUGUUCCUAUGCAAGAAGUCGGUCGUUUCACUUUGAAUCAAAACCCUCAAAACUUUUUCGCUGAAAUUGAGCAAGCUGCUUUCUCUCCCUCUCAUAUGCUACCAGGUGUUGAAGUUUCUCCUGACCCUGUCUUGCAAGUUCGUACUUUCAGUUAUCCCGAUACACAUCGCCAUCGCUUAGGUGCCAACUUUGAGCAAAUUCCUGUGAACAGUGCUAGAUGCCCCGUUUUUAAUUAUUCUCGUGAUGGUCCCAUGAAUGUCACUGACAACCAAGGCAGCAUGCCAAACUAUCCUUCUUCAUUACAGCCCUUAGCAAAAGAGUAUCAUGAGCCCAAUGAGAAGCAUGAAAAAUGGGUUGGUGAAGUCACUUACCACAUGGAUGAAAUUACCGACGUCGAUUUUGAGCAACCUAGAGCAUUCUGGGAGAAGGUACUAGGAAAGCAACCGGGACAACAAGACAAUUUUGUCAAAAACGUUGCUUUGCAUUUGUCCAAAGCAAUUCCCGUAGUACGUCAAAGACAGUAUAAGGUAUUUGAAAAAGUAGAUCCUGAAUUGGGAGCUCGAAUCAAGGAGUCUACUGAAAAAGCUGCCGAAAAGCUUGCUGCAACCGAAAAUAAAGUUAUAAAUGAAGGCAAUAAACACAUGUUCGAACCAGCAAAUUAAAUAUGAUACGAACAGUUACGAUAUUAAU